AUGGGUGGAAGAGAAGGCGGAAAGGCGAAGCCGCUCAAGGCUCCUAAGAAGGAGAGGAAAGAACUCGAUGAGGAUGAUCUUGCAUUCAGAGAGAAGCAGAAAGCUGACGCCAAAGCCAAAAAGGAACUGGCGGAUAAGGCGAAGGGCAAGGGGCCUCUGAACUCGGGACAGCAGGGAAUCAAGAAGUCUGGGAAGAAAUAA